AACGUUACCGUGGAAAUGGAAAGAGUGUUGAAACGUGUGGGUCUUGCGAAAAGAACACAAUCUGAUGUCGAACCUAACAUGAUAAACAAUGCCGGUGAAAAUGUUAAAGUGAGGAGACGACGUCGUAGUAAAACAAGAAGACAACCUUCACAAGAAAACAAAAAAACAGGCGGUCUAUUUAAUAUUGAUUGGGAUUCUGUAAAAGACUGUAAAUCCUGCAAAUCCCGAGUGUUGGCUAGAAGAUUUUGCAAAAAGACCGACAACGAAUUAUACCGAUCCAACAGUUUUAAAUUCGAACGUUUUAUUAGGGCAAACGAAGAAAUUUCCACUUUAGGAAAAAAGAUUUCUGUAUGUGAAGAUUAUAGUCUUCCUGUUGAUCACCUCGCAAAGAAACGACCAAAUAGCAUUGCAGUGCCUAAUCCACAUUCUAACGUUUUUAACGAUUGGAAUUUAUCAAGUCCUAACGAAGAAAGGGUGGAAGUUUUAGAUAACUACUCCACACCGCGAGACUCAAAGCAGCAUCUCCACCCCGAAGAUGACCAAAAAGAUUUAACCAGUCCUGAUAAAGAAUAUUCUCAACCAUAUACUUCCGAGGAAUCGUCCGUGCCAUCUUCAGAUGACGAUUUUUUCCUCUGUGAACCCCUAACCCACGACAAUCCAAAAGUUGCGGAUCUUAACUCUCCUGACAGCAUCACCGAAGGUAUAAUCUCUUCGCUUAACGUUCUCUCCCCAACAAAAACAGACGCUAACGUAAGAAGGCAUCCUUCCCCUUAUUAUUACGGUGACCUGUACAAAUAUAAAACAACAGACAAUUCCUCCCCAACAAAAGUAGUUGAUAAUAAGAGUAACUGGAAUCAGAGCUUGCAGCCUGAACGUGAAAAGGAAGUAAAGAUAGACAACAGGAAAAUUAGAAGCAAUAGGAAAUUUCGAAAAAGCUCAAGCUUAGAUAAUCCCUAUGAAGACAAGGAAAGAAUCGUGCGACCUAAAGCAACUAUAAAAUAUAAGAAGAGUUCCAGUGUAGAAACCCAUAGCACUGAUUCGAGAGGUCCUUCCAAUGGCAAUUCAAUGCCUCCAAAUCCUGUAACUGUCACCGCCUACGACGAUUAUGGACUAGACGAUAUGACACGUCAACGUCAUGUGUACGAAACCGCCUUUGAUUGUCGGAUUAGCAAGUCAGACGAUGAUUUAGAUCAGAUUGAUAAAGUUACCAAUCAUCCGGUACUUGUCCAUGCUAGUCAAGCUUGGAAUACCAAUACUGCUACAGAGCCCUCCAUAGAUAGUAAUUCACUCAAUAGAACACAUAGAGGUAAAGAGAGAGAAUGUACCACAAGCUCUCAGCAGGAUAAUAAUUCAUCGAUUUUGGCGCUAUCUCAUGACAUCAAGAAUAUGCGAAUAAUCGAGACCGAGGAAAACAAUUCUCCGUCAUCAAGUGGGCUUCCGUUGCGAGGCUAUACUCCCUCUCCGCCAUCCACAGCGCCUUUACCAGCUAAAUUUCACGGCAAAGAACACACAAUGAACAGCAUCCGGAGCGCCCCCAAUCUUCCCUCACACCCAAAAUCGCGUCAUCUUCCUGUGAAAUCUCUAACUACGAGUAGUGACAGUUUACAAAUACGCCAAGGGAGCGCUUUUGAAAUUGAAUUCGGUAACAACUCUCAUCAACUAAUUGCAGAGUUUAAAGGGCGACCAGCCCAUUCCAAAGAUGAAGCAAAAGAGAGAAUUUUUGAAAUCAAAGGAAGGCCCAGGAAAGAGUUAUUGUUGAGAAAUAAGCGGUCCAAAGAUAGUUUGUUAGAAUUUAAAGGAAUGAGAAUAAGACAUAAGUAUUCUAGUACAGAAAGUAUGACGACUAGUAGCAGUGGAGGAAGUAUGGAAAGUAUAAAAAGUAGUACUAGCGAAGGUAACAGAAGUACUAGUAGCUCUGAGAGUAGGCAGUCACCUUCACUUAGUUCUCAUAGCUCCGAUUCAGGAGGUAAUCCAAAAAAUUAUACCGUCCCUCAAUGCUCAGGAGGUUUCUUAGGUAACAAACUACACAUUUUAAGCCCAAUCUCUGAUAAAUCCUCACAAGAACCAAUAUCUGAGACUUCGGAUAACAACCGCAAUAAUAAUUCACAGAAAUGCUCUCCUGAAGAGGUUCAACCGACGCCAGAAAAUUUAAAAAUCAAACGACGUUUACCUCAAAAUAAAAAUUUGUUAAAUUUGGGUUUCCACACAACAAAUCCAGAAAUCCAAGGCUCUGACAGUGGAAUUUCUAUACUGUCACGAGAGGGUAUAAAGUCAAGAUUCAGCUUUACCGGAGCAGAGUUAUCGGCCCCUCCAAGCCAACAAGAUUUUUCCGAUUUACCUUUCGACAUGCCAAAAUUGCGUCGGAGAAGAGCGGUCCCCGAGGCCGCUUGCACUUCAGGUAGCGCUACAUCAGUGGAUUUAAAAGACUUACCCUUCGAUAUGCCUAAAUUGAGACGGAGAAUGCGGCUUCAACCCUCCAACUUAGAAGCUAGUGCGUCCCAAGCGUCGUCUAGUCAAAGUGUCUUAGAAGGAGAUAGACAAGCUCUUAGUCGCCCCAAAUUGACACUCAACUUUACCGAAAUUGGAAGUCGACAAAAACAUAGUCUAGGACUAACUCUUUCAUUGACGUUAAAUUCAAAUAUGAAUCAACCCUCUAGUUCCGAUACGAUCGACGUCUAUUUACCUCUGGAAAAACAAGGAUGGUUUCAUGGACAAAUCAGCAGAGUUGAAGCGGAAAAUGUACUCAGGGUUUUACGCGAAGGAAGUUUUUUGGUGCGAAAUAGCGAGUCUAUUAAAAAUGAUUUUUCGUUAUCUCUGAAGAGUGCAAGAGGGUUUAUGCAUAUGCGUAUCCAGAAAAAUUCAGAAGAUGGUAGCUUCGUACUGGGACAAUUUAGUAAACCAUUCAAAUCGAUACCGGAAAUGAUCAAACACUUCUCAAUAAAUCGCCUACCAAUCCGCGGAGCUGAACAUAUGUGUUUGUUACAGCCAGUUAUAGCACAACUUUUGUGAUAAGGAUUGAAUUAAUGGCGAUCUUUUCUAAAAAUUUUCAGGUUGCAAUAUGUUAUCUCUAGACCAAACUGGACAAUACGGUUAAUCAAAUGGUAGAGUAAAUAUUUUUAAAUAAUUAUAUAAACAUUUGAUUUCUGAUGUUAUUUGGUCGAGUAUCGUUUUGAGGUUAUGUUCUGGUUCUAGUAAUUCAUCAUGCCACUAAUUUCAGUUCAAACGUAAGUUUCACCUCUCGUUUUAUUUUUUUUACUUUUGAUCAUUUAUUCACCACUUCUUUCGGAAUAUAUGAUAAUUUUGUCUGUAAUCUCCAUUGUAGCAACAUCUUCGUACGAUCUUGAAGUUUUGAUUGUUUCGUUUGUUAUUCUUGGCUACUUUUCCAGAAUUUUCCAGAGCUAACACCGAGCUUAAUUUUUUUUACGUUCAAAAUAAUUUUAAUUCAAUUUCAAUUUCCAAUGUCGCGUCGCUUAAACUUCUAUAACCAAAUUUUUACGUAUAUCUGUAUGGUACAAACCUAAAGAGAAAUAAACGAAACACUGCUGGCAUCAUCUAUGAGUCCAAUCAAAAUCAAAAUAAAAACGUUAAUGACAGAUAAAAUGGAAGGGGUUCAACAAAGAAAAAUAAUAAUUUCGACUCCUCAGCAGAAGAAU